GUGAAAGUUUCCACUUAAAAGACAGAUGAAAACAUAAGCAUAAUGUAUUAACUGUUGAUAUUCAUACAUAAUCUUUUUAUUUUCCCCAUUCGUUAUUUAUAACCCUGUCAGUCUGUCAUCGGCCGUCAUAGAAAGUAUGCUCUACUGCGUUAACCGACCUUCGCUAUAAUUUCCUUUAGUCUCUACUCCACACUAGGAACAGUUGCUACAAACAAUUACCAUUCCACAACCUAAAAACCAAGCAAGCAAACCGAUACCCUAAGCAAGCAAAGCGAGAUCAGGACUAUGUUUGCGUCGUCUACGUUCGACAUAGGGGCCGCAGGGCGGCGUGGCUAUAAUGGCCGCGAUCUGGCUGAGAUCCAAGCCGAGAUGGAAGAUUAUGCAAGACUUCAUUUGCUAGAAGCUUUUUAUGCUCAUUUGAGACCAUGUUCCACAUGGUUAUCAUAUAUGACCCACAGCACCUUUUCCGAACAAAAAUAGAAAUCGAGGCCCUUGGUCUAAAACUGAUAGAAGCUUUUUAUGCUUAAGUAUGCUUUUUAUGCUCAUUCUUGGUGAUCCCACUGCUUGCUUAUCGUUAUCCGUACUAGUCACUGGCCUCUCAGUUAUUUAGAUUAGCCUUGUGCUUAUGUAGUGUAAGUUGUAAUCGGUCCGAGGCCCGGGGCGAGAGACGGCUAGAUUAUACCAUUGAGUGAAUUGAAUUGGUCCUCUUCCGUUCUUGUCGUUCUACGUCUUCUAAGGUGAUGACAUACUUCUUUCGAUUUUUCGAAUUUUCUAAUUGCCACAUACCUCCUUUGAUGAGGCACGGGCUGCUUUUGUUCGUUCGCAGAUGGCAGAACACGGCAUCGAUGAAACAGGAAUGCCUCAAGACUCCAAGUUAUUUGUCUUCGGACCUCCAGCAAUUGCUUCUUAUGGUGUUGCGGGUAGUGGUGUCUCAGAUAGCUUAAGUUUUAGUACGAUUCAACACUACUAGGACUGCUAUUACUACUAAAACUGCUAACACUACUAGGACUGCUAUUACUACUAGGACUGCUAUUACCAGGACUGCUAGUACUACUAGGACGACUAACUACCACAACUACUAAACAUAAGUAGUAGGAGCAAUGUCUGCAACUCAUCGCUAUUUCUACUUCUCAACAACAAGAAUAAAUAGGCACCGACUAUCAUUCGCUAAUACUAGCAAUACAAUCCCGGUUCUUCGCCAAAGCAGACUGAUUUCGCAGAAUCAGCCCAGUUGAUAGGCGCAUCACGCACAUCGGAGAAUGAAAAUGUCUUUUUUUUUACUUCCCCUGCUGUACGUUUGAUUGAUUUCCAGCGCGAGUAGGAGAUCAUCUACUUUCAACAGUAUUGUUAAAGAAUUUCUUUCAUUGGUUAAAUUCCCGUUAUUCUUUGCUUCAGGCUACUGACUUGGUUAGAAUCUUCACGCUUGUGGCUUCUUACGUCGGAAAACGAGAAAAAUUUAUAUUUAAUACUGAAAUCUCUAUCCAUCGCUAUCCUCGUCUUUCUCACUCAGUCCUUCACAGCUCAGGUCGUUCUGUUGCGUAAUUUCGAAGGUGGGACACUUCCGGAAAGCGGCAUUUAUGGCCUGUUGAUACGACCGUCUAUCCAUUCUUUCACGGACAAAUCUUUCACGACGUGCAGUUGGUUCUUGAAGAUUUUGAUUCAAUCAUCUUCAGUGAGGCGGAAACCCUGUGGAAGGGGAGCCAAGUAGUGUCCUACCGUAUCCCAUAGUCUCCUUCCUGUCCCUGCCAUACGACAGAUGCCAUUACUCUAAUCCUUCUUCCUGCCAGAGGAGCGCUCGUCAAGGCAUACCGGAUUCGGAGCACUUGCGAGUAUUCGACUUGCUGUAAUAAUCUUCUUCUUCUUAAGGAGACCUUUUAAUUUACCGUUACCCAUAUUUCUAAGAGGACUCUGAAAUAAGAACCAAAUAUGACUCAUUGGAGAAGUACAGCUACGCUUCCCAGUGGGCUGAUUAACGCACCGCCGCUCCCCACGAUAGUGAGAGUCAGAGUGUAUAUUAAGGGAAUCUUUCCAGGAUUAGAUUCUUACGCAUCUUCCUUGUUCACUCAAGAUUCUAAUUCCCGGAACGCUCAUUUUGUGUGUGGUGGCCCUCAUCUCGGACGUGAGCGUCGGAAGUUGGAUCUUCUACUCUCCAGCAUCUGCGUAUACUCCUGGCGAGACAGAAGUGUCUUCGAUUGAGAGGGAGAGCAGGCAACAUGGUCCUAAACAAGCAGCCAUGCGAAACGAGAAGCAGAGCGGUAAUGGUAAAGACGAGAGACAACAAGUUUAAGAUGAGCAUUCCAUGAUCUGUAUUUCUAACUACUUCAUCUUGUACAGCGGAAAUUUCUAAGUAGGUGUAGGACUAACUGGAGGACUAACAUUCAAGUUGUUAUAGUUUUUGCUGGCUCUGGCUCUGGGUCUUGUCUGUGGACGCGCUGCGUGAGCGUAAUGACAAGAAGAAGCAGUACUCUACUAGACUGUAAGAACUUCAUCUAAACACUGAAGUUAGUAGAUGUAGUUCGUUGUUGUUGUAAGUACUCAUUUUUGACGUAGAUAGUGAUAGUCUACUGAAUGGAUCUGAAUCUCUUCUAGUUCUGCUAAAAGACGCAGCCACCGAGAAAGAGGGAGCUAGGCAGGACGAAAGAGGUAGCGUACAGUAGCCAGCCCGAUCAACAGGAGAUGAAAAGACAAGAACAAGCCGAUGAACAAAUAAAGGACCCCGUUGUAGAUCUAGAUGAUACCAGUAUCUUAGCGUCAAUACCUACUAUGCCUGGGACAAGGACACUAGUAAAGCCUCGAGUGGACCAAUCAGGAGGUCUUCAAGAGCAUGAACAUAUUUCAUCUUCCACUGAAAGGACGAGCACCCUUCUGGAAAAGGAUGCUUCUGAAAAUGAUGCUACACCAUUGACGGUGGAAAUAAACUCCAAACAAGAAUCUCAAAGCAGUGGAGAUGAUGUUACACCAUUGAUGAGGGAAAAAUCGGACGCAGUGUACGAGUACGAUCAAGCAGAUAUGAUAAUCUUGCUUUAUUUCUGUACAACAGCUGCAGGAACACAGGAGCUGUGA